CCCGGAAGCUGGAAGGAAUUUGCCAGCCUCCAAUUUCAGCAGGGUUGGGACACGAUAGCCUCCCGAUAUUACUACUUGCAGGGUGUUGGCCUGAUUGCAAGGUAGGAGCCCAAAGUUUCCUCUUCAUUGGGUCACUCUUGGGAAUGGGAUUUCCAUGUGAAAUAUCCCUCUGUUCCAGGCUGCUAUUUCAGCCCAGCAACUGGAGAGGAACUCUCUCUCCCUCUUGAAAAUCACAAGGGACUUUCUGUUCCGUGUUCCACAGCCAUGAUCGAGUUUGAGAACCCUCAGCUCCCUGCAGUUUUCAGAGAGGCAAUCACCAUCGUCCAGAGUGAGAGGGAGGAGGAGCAGAGAACGAUCGCCAUGGCUUUCUGUAUUGAGUUUCUCCAGAGUCCUUCCAUUGAGACAGUGCUGACAAAAUCAGAGCUCCGGGCGCAGCUCAUGGAAUGGAGCAAAGACACAAAUCCCGUCAUACGUAAGCUCAGUCUGCGAGGCCUUGGCAGUAUUGUGUUCCAGCCAGAAAAGAUGCAGAACAACAAGAGCCACAUCCCCAAAUUCCUGUUCCAGGCCCUAGAGUACCUGGAAAGCUCCCAGACAACAAUACGACACUCUGCAGCCUUGUUCAUUGGAAAGACUAUCCGCCAUUACUACAAUUUGUUGUCUGAAACAGUGAAUGAAGAUGGCAUCUCCCGCCUGUAUGAAGGUAAGGAAAUACCUCUGUGUGUUUGUGCCUCUGUGGGAAGUACAGGGGUGCAGCACAGGGCCCGAACACAGGUUUGAAUGUGGACACAGGGCCCUCUCUGUCUAAGGACAGCGUUUAAGGAAGAAGGAUGGUCAUGCGAGCUUCAUCGAGGUACCACAAUAUGUGUACAGGAGCAGGGGAAUUCCAUCCCUAGCUCCUAGUAUAGACGUAGCCUUAGAGCUGUGUGGUGAAACUGUCUUCAUAAAGGUCAGAAAGUCUGUAAUGGAAGGCCUGACAGAAUUGAAAAAAGCUGUUG